UUUAUUUACGUCAUGCGGCCGCGGCGAGCGCGCAUGCGCAGUCAAAGUGCGGCCAUCUUGGUCUUCGAGAGUGUGAAACUGUCCUCCUGUGAAGUUGUUUUAGCUGCUGCAAGGUGAGUUCACCCAACAAGCGGUCUGGAGUAAACAUGUCAGAAACGGCACUCAAGUUUGGCCCAGAGUGGGUACGAGCUCUCUCUCAUGGUGGUAGUGUAAACUCCCCACCCCCCAGUCCUGGCCUCAACAAGUAUAAGUUGGCAGAUCACCGGUAUGGCCGUGAAGAGAUGUUGGCAUUGUUUGACAAGCACCAGAGUCCGCCAGAUGGAAUACUAGCACUUGGGCCACUGUACCUUGAACAUCCUCAAGAUCCCCUGGCACUUAUACCCAUGAAUGAAGAUGAACAGCGGAUGUGGCAGAGAGGAGUAAACAGUGAUGCUGUGUUACGGCAGACAGGAAGACCCCCAGUGAAUGGUGUUGGGCGUGGCAGGGGUGGCAGUGUGGACCGUGGGCGAGGCCGGGGACGAGGCACUGGCUCGUACUACAGUCGAGGCCUGAGCUAUGACGAAGAGGCAGAACCACGGGGACCGAGGGAAGGUGGAACAAUGACACUCGGAAUGGGGAUAAGGAGCAAACCGUUUGAGCGGUCCCAAAGUGUGCAUGAACAGCGGGCAUGGAGUGAGCGAGGCACAUCAGGUCCAGUUGGCACGGUGGGUGGCACUAGUGGCACUGAAGAUCGCAACGGAGCCAUUUCACCCCGCAAGGAGCAAGGAAGGGCUUCGACUGAGAACUGGAGGUCCAGGGGAAGCGAAAAUGAUGAGACUGAGCGAUGGAGGGGCGUUGGCAGCGGGCGCAGUGAAAAGUGGGGUGCACGAUGUGGUUGGCGAGAGAGAGAGAAUGGCCUAGAUGGAGACUGGGAUGAUGGCUCUGGACGAGGGACUGGCAGGGGUGUCCCAGUCUCCUCACGUAGUACGCGGCAACCUUGGGACGACAAAGAUGGACACCACAGGAAAUCAUGGGAGGAAGAUAACCUACCAGAGUGGGCAACUGAGAAUGCAGAUGAGAAGGGUGGAAGCUUUGAUGCCUCAGGUGCUUUCCACGGCCCAGGUUGGUCAGAUGAGGAAGAGCCAUCCGCUGAGAACCGAGGUGGUGGACGACCAAGGCACAAGUCCACAAGUCCAGACAAAACAGUUAGAGGGAGGGUGACUGUACUUCCAAAGCCAGAAAUGGGCAAGAAAAAGAAUGAAGCAGAGCAAGAGGAAAGGAGUAAAAACAGUGGGUCACCCUCUGAGCCUGGUCAGGAAAAAUCACUCCCAAAUGCAGUAGGAGCCAGCCAUGAAAGUGGGAGUUCAAGAGAUCUUGCAGAAUCACAGAGAAUGAUGAGAGAAGACGACUCUCUGAAAGAGGAAAUGGCAGUUACAAAUUCUGUGGACACAGUCUCAAGUAGUCAUGCUUCGUCCCCCCUCAUUAAUGGUAUAUCUGGUGAUGAGGACAGUAGCAGAGAGAUGAAUCCAGCAGAGGGAAAUGAUGGAAGUGGUACAGUUCCCGGCCACCAGACCAACUCUCCCGUCGAGCCCUUGCCUGAAGAACAGAGACAGGGAGAGGAAGAGAAAUUAGAACACAUGCGAAGUGUUGCUGAUGAUCUGGUGGCUAAGCUGGUGGAGGAGGAUGACAUGAGACCUCAGGCAGGGGGGCCCAGCCAGGGUGUGGCACCACCUGGCCCCAUCGGUGCAAUUGUGGAGUCAGGGAGCCAUGCUUCUCAAAUACCCGGUGAAGACAAGUGGUACUACACGGAUCCUCAGGGUGAGGUGCAGGGGCCGUUUAGCUGCAGUGAUAUGGCUGAGUGGUACAAGGCUGGCUACUUCACCUCAAACUUGCUGCUCAAGCGCGAGUGUGAUGACCAGUUUGCUCAGCUUGGAGAGUUGACGAGAGUGUUUGCUCGAGUACCUUUCUUGCCUGGACCACCCGUACCCCCCUUAAAGUUAGCAGAGUUGCUAGCAGCCCAGAAGCAGCAGGCUGAGAGGGAGAGAAUUGAGUUGUUGCAGAAUUAUAUGCUUCAACAACAAGUUUACCAACACCAAAUGGCUAUUAGCCGUCAGCAGGUUCUGCAGAAGCUUCAGAGCAUGGAUGAGUGGAGCAGCCUCAACCAACUGCAGCAGCAACAGCUCUUCAUGCAGCACAUGAUGAAUGUGCUGCCGGCCCAUCCCCCUGUGCCCCCCACAGUACCCCCCUCUACCACACCCCCGGCAGCGAUACCCACCACAACUCAGGUGUCAGCGGCCGGGCCUGAUCCUAGAGUCAUGCCUGGGCAUGUACCUCCACCCGUCUCCAAACCUCAGGACCCCAUACAAGCUUUGGUUGCACAAAUGCAAACAUCUUCGGCUGCUAGCAGCACAGCCAUGACAUCUUCAGAGGGAUUACCAACAUCACAGCUGACAGCAACAUCAAUGGCAGCAGAAAAUCCUCUCCAGAAGUUGUUAAUGCAACUGCAGCGUGGCCAGCAAACGGGCAUGACGCCAAUUGUGCCUCCAAGUGGGCCAUUAGGGGUGUCUGUCUCUGGAGGUACUGUGCCAGGAAUGCCUGCUGCAGGAAUCCCUCUAGACAAGCCCCCAGAGCAGCAGUUUGAUGCUAUCCAGUCCUUGAUGCAGCAGCUGACCAAGAUGCAACCUCCCACGCCAGAGCAGGAAGAGCAGCAGAGAAGACUUGAGGAAGAUCAGAAGCGCAUAGAGGAAGAACGGAGACGCCUAGAGGACCAGAAGAGAGUUGAAGAGGAGAUAAAGAUGGAAGAAAUGAGACUAAAAGAGGAACUGAAACGGCAAGAGGAACAGCGGAGAACUUUGGAAGCCCUCCGCCGGCAGCACGAAAAGGAGAAAAUGAGGUUAGAAGAGGAGAGACGGAAGAUCAAAGAAGAACAGAUCAGGAGACAGGAGGAAAUAAGGAGAAUUGAAGAGGAGAAGUUGAGGAAAGAAGAACUAAAAGAGGAACUGAAACGGCAAGAGGAACAGCGGAGAACUUUGGAAGCCCUCCGCCGGCAGCACGAAAAGGAGAAAAUGAGGUUAGAAGAGGAGAGACGGAAGAUCAAAGAAGAACAGAUCAGGAGACAGGAGGAAAUAAGGAGAAUUGAAGAGGAGAAGUUGAGGAAAGAAGAGGAGGAGAAGAGAAAGAUCCAGGACCAGCAGAGAGCAGCUGAGGUGAAGCGGAGGCAAGAGGAAGUGCGCCAGGAAGAGCUGCGGCAGGAGGAACUUCGGAGACAGCAGCAGCAGAAGCAGAAGCAGGAGGAAGCUACUAGAAGGAAAGAGGAAGCAAAGGAAAGAAGAAGCAAGAAGGCAGGAAGAGGCAAGGAGGCAAGAGGAGGAAAGGAGAAGGCAAGAGGAGGAGAGGAGGAGGCUCGGCAGCAAGCCCAGAUUCAGGAAGAGAUGAGGAGGAUUGCUCUGGAGGAAGAACGCAGACAUAUGCAGCAGAUAGAAGAGGAAGAACGCAAGCGCCAAGCUGAAGAGGAAGAGAGGCGGCACCAACACCUCCUGCAGGAACACCUCAAAAAUAUAUUACCAGCAUGGAACAAACCUCCUCCAGUGGCAGCACCUGAGGCUGCACCUGCACCAUCUCUUGCAGAUAUUCAGAGAGCACAGGAAGAGAAAGAGAGAAGGGAGCGUGAGAUGGAGCAACAGAUGCAGCAACAGAGACAAAGAGAAGCACAGAGACAAGCAGCCGAGGAAGCCAGGCAGAAGAAUGCAGGGUUGAAGUGGGCAGCUCGUGCUCAGGCCAAUCCAGCAGCACAACAGCCUGUCAAAUCCCUCUUAGAGAUUCAGGCUGAGGAGGAGAAGGAGCUGAAGAAGAGACAGGAGAAGGAGGCUGCCGAACGUGCAGCUGCUGUCAGCCACCUGAGUUUGGGAGCUGCAGGUGUCUGGGGGUCAGCCAUGUCCAACCUCUCCUGGGCCAACCGUGCCUCCACAGCUGCUCCCUCACCCUCACCCAACAAUAUGUCUAGUCAGCAGUGGGGGGGAGCGAAUGGUGGGCACCCUGGCUCAGGUAAUCAGUGGCACAACAAUAGUCAGUCUUCAGCCCCAACCAAUGUAGGUCACUCAGUGUGGAAUAAGGACCAUUCUUCCAUCUGGAACCAGUCAGAAACUCCUGCCUCUGCAGCAGGUGGAUUCUGGGACAACCCAGAGCCAGUGAAGGUUAACAAGGCUGUGACAUCAACGGGUCGUAAUCCUGGGAAGCCAAACCCUCAGAAUCCUGGGAGCAAGCCUGGGGCUCCUGCACAAAAUACAAAUAAUAACCGAGCCAGCAAGAAGAAGGUGAAAGAUGAGAGUGACAAUGUUAAGAAAUUAUUUGCCGACAGCAUAUCUCCGGCUGAUAGUUUCACACAGUGGUGCAAAGGCUCACUCCACACUAUGAAAGUACAUGCCUCCAUUGACAUUCCAACGUUUGUGACUUUCCUCUCUGAGGUGGAGUCCCCAUAUGAAGUCCAUGACUACAUCCGUUCAUAUUUAGGGGACAGCAAGGAAGUUAAGGAGUUUGCUAAGCAAUAUCUGGAACGGCGAAGUAAAGCUCGCAAUGCACAGAAGGAACGUGAGGUGGAGGAUGAUAUCCUGGCUCCUGCCCCUGCUGUGAAUCCAACCAGCACAGAGUUCCAGGAAGUCAAGGCUCGAAGCAAGAAGGCCAAUAAGAAGAAAAUGCAGAAGGUUGACAACAGUAUCCUUGGAUUCAGUAUAACCUCCAAUGAUCGCAUUAAUGUUGGGGAGCGUGACUAUGCAGACUAAUGGCGGGUUGAAGUUGCGAUAGCAAUGAACAGUGAUUGGGUGCUGGAAGUGACUGAGACGGGAUUAUAACCUUUACCUUGUGGGCCCUUCACCCUCAGGGAUGCCUGGCUGUAACAUGUGGCUGUGUUUGUACCACAUCAUGUUGCACACUCAAAAUUAAAGAAAAUCUGUUUCA